AUACAACCACUUCGAUACCGUCUGCCAGACACUGGUCACAGCUCGAAGAAUCUGUGGGUGACGUGCAAUCUGCUGCAUCAACAGAUACUGAGGUCUCAAGGCCUCGCAAACGACAAAGAAUCGAUAGUCUAAACACUCUGGACUCCACUUCAAACUCCCUUACUGUCAAUCACAGUCUUCGCGUCACUAAUUCGCCUCUCAACGCCAUGCGAAUUCCUGAAUCCGAUAAUAACUCCAAUCUGUCCUCUUCAUAUGAUUCCAUACCAGAGGCUGGCCCGUCUUGCGUCACCUUCGACAAGGCUGGUCAUUCCAAUGGAAUAAAUAAGGAGAAUGGCUUCUCUACCCCAGUGUCAAAUGGCACUACUCCAAACGGGUCUCUAUCAAUGGGGAAUGGCCUUGCCAAGCAUAAUUCGUCCGUCACGCGAGUGUCAUUGCCAGGCACCACCAUCUACGACGACCCAUAUCUUGAUCGAGAAGAGUUCGUGAGAUUAGUUAUCCAAAGUCUUAGAGACGUCGGGUAUAUAGAAUCUGCUGCCACUCUCGAGGCGGAGUCGGGGUACUCGUUAGAAGCACCUGAGGUGUCGGAAUUUCGGCAACAUAUUCUGCGCGGUGCUUGGGCUGAUGCAGAACCUUUGCUCGUUCAACUUGGAGUGACUGAUACGGACGCUCUUCUGGAUACACGGUUCCUCAUUGGGAAGCAAAAAUAUCUUGAACUACUGGAGGCGCGGAAAACCACCGCCGCAUUGCAGGUACUGCGGAACGAUUUAGCACCGUACAGCACGUCUUCAGAACAGGAGGAACUCCACGUAUUAUCUAGCUUGAUGAUGUGUUCAGAUCCAGAGGACCUGCGUCGACGUGCUUCUUGGGAUGGAGCGUCAGGAACAUCACGGCGACAACUUCUUGAUGAUCUACAACAUUAUAUACCUUCUUCGAUCAUGAUUCCCCAGCGCCGCUUUUCUACCCUUCUCACACAGUCGCGAGAAUAUCAGCGACAUCGUUGCCUCUACCACAACUCACCUGUGGAACCAUCUUCAUUCUCACUAUUUAGUGACCACACGUGCAACAAGGAGUCCUUCCCUCGAAUAACGACCACCAUCCUCGAAGUCCAUUCAGACGAAGUGUGGAACGUAGCCUGGAGUCACGAUGGUACCCAUCUUGCAAGCGCAAGUAAAGACAAGACUGCUAUUAUCUGGCGCAUCGGGCUCGAGGCAGAACCAUCAUCCCGUGAUUGUAUAGCGGAAUUCAUCUUGCGCGAUCACCCAUAUUCUGUUGGUUGUUUGGCUUGGUCAUUAGACGACUCUAUUUUGUCUACGUCCGCGGAUCACCUCAUUUUGCUAUGGGAUACAAAGACUGGAGUUCUGAUGAAGACACUCGAGAAUCAUGCUGAGACGGUAUCUGCCUUAGUAUGGCUACCUGACGGCUCAGGGUUUAUGUCAGGCAGCCUUGAUCGCAAGAUCGUAUUAUGGGAUAUGGAGGGCGAAUUACGGGAAUCAUGGAAUGAUAUAGCCAUACGUGUCACUGACGCUGCAGUGACUCCUGACAUGAGACGCCUGGUCGCUGUUGGGAUGGGAUACACCCCUCCACCAACGCUGGGGACACUGUCUCGUGGCCACGUCCGGGACGCAUCGCCACCUAUUGUAUCCAAUGGCAACAGUAAUCCGAUGGUGCCACGUUCGUCAGAGAACCGGAUGAUCAUAUAUGAUCUCAAGACUGGACAGGUUGAAUUAUCUGUUCACAUGGAGGGUGAACUCACAAGCGUGAAGAUUUCCGAGGAUUCUCGGUAUGCAUUAAUCAACCAUGCUCCAGAUGAAAUUCAUCUGUGGGACUUGGAAGAGUUCCGGCUUGCUCGCAAGUUCACUGGGCAACGACAAGGCCACCAUGUCAUCCGUAGUUGCUUUGGUGGCAUCGAUGGCAACUUCGUCAUCAGUGGGAGUGAAGAUCGCAAUGUCUAUGUUUGGCAUCGUGACACGGGUGCACUUUUAGAGGUACUGGAAGGCCACGGCGAGGGAAGCGUGAAUUCGGUGGCCUGGAAUCCCCGGAACAAGCGCAUGUUUGCAUCGUGUUCGGACGAUAACACGAUACGUGUGUGGGAGGCACCUGUUUCCGCGGGUGAACUACUUCGAGGGUUCGGUAUCCCUGAGUCCGAGCCAGAGAUGAUUGGGAAGGGGAAAGGCAAGGUCAAGCAACCUUGGGCCUACAAUGAUGGAGUGCUAUAGUGGACUGUGGCUUUUGGGGACUCAGCGGACUCAUCAAUGAUCUUUCGUGAAUGCUUUUGCUUUCUCACUGCUCCUUUGCCCUUAUCGCACGCCUCAUCGCACAACAUACAGUUAUCGGAACGCUGAUCAAUUAUCUCCAUUGUGACAUAUCAUGCAUAGUAUAGAUUGUUCAAGUAGCAAC